AUGACCCGCCACCCGCGCAAGCAGCCUACGCCACCAGACAUUAAUGAAUGGCUGGCACGGCUAUCCGUGACAAAGCCGGACGCAUCCGACAAGUGCCGUGCGGGCCUAAUGGAAGCAAUUUGUCGCACCAGACGCAUACUUUUCCGCUUCGAGAAGCACCUGGACACGGCCCAACGCUCCGACUCGCGCAAACACAUCAAGACUCGGCUUUUGGAGCACGCUAGCGACUUGCUCAGCUUUGAGAGCACUGAGAGCUUGCGCAUCACGCGAGAUUAUCAAGCACACGAGCAAAAUCGCCCGAGUUCGGAUUAUGGACCACCAGGGCACAAGGUCGUGCUCGCCCGCCAACAACCGACGGCCAAGUCAAACAUGUCCUUGAAGCUCGGAUCAAAGGUUAUCAAGAGAAGCACCAAUACCAUAGCUACGCCAGAUUCAAUUAAUUAA